AUGGCAGACCCACCAGGGGUCCCAGAGUUUCCAUUGGGAGCUGACCAGCAGCAUGGAGGAUAUCCAGUUCAUCCUCCACACCCUCCACGACAAAUCGGAGCUGCUGACACUCCGACUUCUCAUGUCAACCGCCACGGAAUCACCCCACCACCAGUCCCCUUUAACUUUGAAAUCAAGACCAGCUUGAUCUCAUUGGUGGAGAGUUCAGUGUUUCAUGGCAUGAAGGAUGAGGAUCCAUUGAAGCAUCUUGACAAGUUUGACAGAAUUUGUUCUUUGCAGCAACUCAAUGGAGUUUCUGAAGAUGGUUUCAAGUUAAGGCUUUUCCCUUUCUCUCUAGAGGAUAAAGCUCUCACUUGGGAAGCAUCUCUGCCUGCUGGAUCAGUCACCACUUGGGCAGUGCAAGCAAUCUUUCUUGGCUAA